CCCAUUUUUAAAAGUGCAAAACAAGGCAUUCAAAUUUCUGAUUGGGAAAAAUUCAGUGAGAUAGCUCUUUUUCCUCUCUCGCAAGUUUGAGAUUCCAACAAUCAAACAAAACGCGAUCGUGAAAUCUAACUGGCUUAACCAAUGUCAACUCAAAAAGGAAGCAUGGAGAGUGGAGCUACAAGAAAACGUAUGAAACUUGAGGGGAAAGAAAGGACGGGAGAUGAAGCUGAAUCGCAGGUUGUACUUGUACAGGAGGAAGGAUUUGAGACUAACCCCAUUGGGUCUGAAGAAAUGGAACUCAAUAUUUCUCUUGUGCUCGAGAAGAUUGAGAAUUUUACUCAGAGGGUAUCUGAGUUCCUAGAAUCAGGGAAAACAAUGUUUAAGGAGCUAUGCAAUGAAUUUGAAGAGAAACUGAUUAUGAUUCACAAGGAGCAGGUUGACAAAUGGCAGGAAGAAAUCAAAGAAUUGCGUGCACUCGAUGCCUCAAAUGAGGAAGCCAAUGCUCUUCUGCAAAAUGCUAGAUAUGUACUUCAGCUCAGUCGUAAUGAUUAGUGAAGGUAGUUGACUGAUGUCUAUGUAUAUGUUUAAUCAAUCUCCCACCCCCAAACAUUAAUCAAGAAAAAGUAGACUUUGGUAGAAGAGGUGCGAAUGUGCUAACCCUGGGACAACUUGGGCAGUUUUGGAGCUUUAGGAUCCUAUUCAUUUCUGUUGGAGUGUGUUCAACUGCUUAUCAUUUGAUUAAACUUUAUUUGAAAUAUAUACUCAUGCGUAUGAAAUUUUGUAAAUCUUGGUGGAGGUAUUGUAGAUACUUUAAUAGUAAUGAUUGAUGACAGAUAAAUGAUAAAUCUGUAGCCAUCUUAGUUUGAGGGAUUGCAUUUCAAGAACAGGACCCAUGUUUCUUGAAUUUUGCAAGUGCUGUAUGGUAAAAAGAUGCACAAGUU